AUGGUGGAGGAGAUACUUGCUGAGAAGGAGGGAGACGAGACUGCAAACGGCGGUCGAAAUGGAUAUCAAAAUCAUUUUACUAAGUAAGUAAAAUCGAUGCGGCAAUGAGGAGGAAGGAUAGUAUUCUGAUACGCUGGGAAGGGCGGUCAUAUUUGCGUCAGGAGAUUUAACUGUGCAACGCCCAAGGAUAGGCGAAGCGGGGUUUAGGUGGGUAGAGGUUGCAUAGAUGCGGAUCUACAGUUGUUACUAGCCACCAAGUUCUAGCUCAAGCAUCGAGGUAUUCAACGAUUUCCUGGAGCGCCUGAAAGCUAGCAUAAGGCAGUCCGAGCUACCAGUCAUGGUGGCGGGAGACUUUAACUUCAAGUCGGCUAGCUGGAAUAGUCCAAUCGAAGCUGCUAGAAGAGUUUUCCAGGCUGACCUCAUGGCGUCGUUGGACAUGAUUGCCUGUAAUCAGGGAGGUUCCCCAACUUUUGUUCGCGGGAACUCUGGCACAUUCAUAGAUGUGACAUUCGUUCAGUUGGAGUUAGCGGACGGGGUGAAUGGCUGA